GUCGGAGUUGUUUUCAGAGGGCCGCGCGCGCUCAGAAUGUCCGACUAGCUCUUCGCGGUGGGCUUUAAAAACGAGCAAAAAAGGACGGAAAUGUUAAGGUAAAGGUCCUCUUCACUCCAGUACUACCUCCACACGAAAUGCGCUUCUUCGCUCUUACUUGUCUCGCUCUUGCAGCCCUCACUGAGGCCACUUCGGAAGCCCUCUCACAGGGCCCAACACGGCUCAUGAUUCAGACUCUCCAGCUGAAUGAGACCAUCGCGAAGCUCGCUCAGACGACGAAGGGCUUCCAGAAGGCACACAGCAGGGCAGUCUCCCAUGCAUAUGUUGGGCCAAUCCUCUCCUUCAACUUCACCGACGUCUCCGGCGCUCCCCUCCAAGCUGUACAGUGGUUUUUCGUCGGUCACGACGAUAAGGUGGACUUCAAGACCCCCUUCCUGAAGCACGCCGCUGAUGGAGUUAUCAACCAAACCUUCGUUACCAUGCCAAACAUGUCUCUCGCCCUCGACGCUCCCAGGGGCCUCUAUACUCAGACCUUGAUCACUUCCAUUCCUUCCUCCGUGAAUCGCACUCAGCUCGAGCACGACUCCUUCCUCCUGGCGAAAUCAACUCUGGAGGACGGAAAGGCUUACUCCAGUACGUACGGGUAUGGCGACAACGAUGAAUAUGUCGUGCUCAGCGGAUAUAGAAAUCCAGCUCAAUUUGUGAGCUGGGUGACCGGUUUAAAUGAGACCUACAAGGCGAUCUUCGACAGGUGGACCAGCUCUUUCGCUGAUGUUCCUCCUCCUCACUUCUACACCAACUUCGUCCAGGUUCCAUUGUUGUAGCCGGCGGAAUUGGGCUUAUUAAUAUUAAUAAGGCUGUAGAUUUUGAUUUUACAUAGAGCUUUUGUUCCAACUGUAGUUGACCUUUAAUGACCAUCCUAGAAACGUCAUCCUCCGCAGCGUCGACUCAGAGGCGAGUAAUGGAGCAUCCUGGUCCAAG